AUGAACAGACUAUUUGGAUAUGGUAAUAAGAAAUCACACGAUCAAAUGCUUCAAGAAUCAUCUCAGGCAAUGAAUCAAGCACAACAAGGAUUACAACAAAGAGUAUCUCAAUUAGACACACAAAUUUCUCAAUUAAAUUUCCAAUUACAAACAAUACAAAAGAAAUUAUCAUCUUCUAAAUCAAAAUUAGGUCAAAAACCAUUAAGACAACAAGCAUUAAAAUUAUUAAAUAAAAGGAAACAAUUAGAAUCAAUGAGAGAUUCCUUGGAUAAUCAAUCAUGGUCCAUGACCCAAGCUCAAAUGACAAGUGAUAAUUUGAAAAAUACAAUGGUUACUGUUAAUGCUUUGAAACAAACUAAUAAGGCAUUGAAGGCACAAUAUGGGAAAAUUAAUCUCGAUAAAUUACAAGAUAUGCAAGAUGAAAUGUUAGAUUUGAUUGAACAAGGUGAUGAAUUACAAGAUAUAUUAUCAUCAAAUGCAAUGACCGAUGAUAUAGAUGAUAUUGAUGAAAGUGAAUUGGAUGCUGAGUUAGAUGCAUUAGCAGAGGAAGAUUUAACAGAUAUGAUGCAGGAAUUUGAAACAGAGACACCACAAAUGGGGGAUAGAAAUGCAGUACCUUCUUAUUUGAGCGGUAUUGUGCCACAAUUUGUUGAUGAAGAUCCUGAAACUGAAACAAAAAAUGCUGCUAAUUUGGAAAGUGCACAGUGA